AUGACUUCUGCACUGUAUUUAGAACAUUAUUUGGACAGUCUGCAGCAUCUGCCGAUAGAAUUGCAGAGAAACUUUAAGUUAAUGCGUGAUCUAGAUGACCGUGCACACGGACUAAUGAGGACGAUCGACCUUAUGGCUGACGAGUUGCUACCACAAAUCCCGAAAAUGGACGAAGAAACCAAGAAAGAAAAGGUAAAUACCAUUCAAGGACUAUUCAAUAAAGCCAAGGAGUACGGAGACGAUAAAGUGCAACUUGCAAUACAGACCUACGAGUUGGUUGAUAAGCACAUACGUCGCCUUGACUCUGACCUCGCACGAUUUGAGUCUGAGAUACAGGAGAAAGUAAUGAGCGCACGUGCCGCACAGCAAGCCGCUGCUGACCAGGAACCCAAUGCUGCCACUGUCAAGAAGGGUAGGAAGAAAAGUAAAAUUAAUGAUAAGAGUGCAUCUACCACUGGCAAGAAGAAACGUGCCGGAGCGUCUAGUGAAGACGACGCCGCCGCUUCAGGCAGGUCGGCAGCGAAGAAAAAAGCGGUACGUAAAGGUGCAGCUGCUACUGCUAAUAAUUCUAAAGAACAGGAGGAGAAUGCUGAUUUAGAUUCUGUAGGAGGAAUGGCUCAUCCCAGUGAUGUGUUGGAUAUGCCUGUGGAUCCAAAUGAGCCUACAUACUGCCUCUGCCAUCAAGUGUCAUAUGGAGAGAUGAUUGGGUGUGACAAUCCUGAUUGCCCUAUAGAAUGGUUCCACUUUGCCUGUGUGGACCUUAAGAUCAAGCCUAAAGGUAAAUGGUACUGCCCUAAGUGUACUCAGGACAGAAAGAAGAAAUGA